CCAUAGAAGGCCUGGGGCUGGGCGCGAGGCCUGCCUGGGUCCAGGGUGGGCACGGUGCCCGGGCAGCGAGGUGAGAGGCUCAGCUGCCCUCCCGCCCCUCCCAGCCAAUGGCACAGCCCAGGCCCCACCUAUAUAAGGCCGGGGCUGCAGGCGCCUCCUCCGGGUCAGUGUUGCGUCCCGGACACAGACAGCCCUUUCAGCACAGCCCAGACAGGCCCCCACGCCGCCGCCGCCAUGCCGUUCGGUAACACCCACAACAAGUACAAGCUGAACUACAAGCCGGAGGAGGAGUACCCGGACCUCAGCAAGCACAACAACCACAUGGCCAAGGUGCUGACCCCUGACCUCUACAAGAAGCUGCGGGACAAGGAGACUCCGUCGGGCUUCACCCUGGACGACGUCAUCCAGACGGGUGUGGACAACCCCGGUCACCCCUUCAUCAUGACCGUGGGCUGUGUGGCCGGCGAUGAGGAGUCCUACGUGGUGUUCAAGGACCUCUUCGACCCCAUCAUCCAGGACCGGCACGGGGGCUACAAACCCACCGACAAGCACAAGACCGACCUCAACCAUGAGAACCUCAAGGGUGGAGACGACCUGGACCCCAACUACGUGCUCAGCAGCCGCGUGCGCACAGGCCGCAGCAUCAAGGGCUACACGCUGCCCCCCCACUGCUCCCGCGGCGAGCGCCGGGCUGUGGAGAAACUCUCCGUGGAAGCCCUCAACAGCCUGACAGGCGAGUUCAAGGGGAAAUACUACCCUCUGAAGAGCAUGACGGAGCAGGAGCAGCAGCAGCUCAUCGACGACCACUUCCUGUUUGACAAGCCUGUGUCCCCACUGCUGCUGGCUUCCGGCAUGGCCCGCGACUGGCCCGACGCCCGGGGCAUCUGGCACAAUGACAACAAGAGCUUCCUGGUGUGGGUGAACGAGGAGGAUCACCUCCGAGUCAUCUCCAUGGAGAAGGGGGGCAACAUGAAGGAGGUUUUCCGCCGCUUCUGCGUGGGGCUGCAGAAGAUUGAGGAGAUCUUCAAGAAAGCCGGCCACCCCUUCAUGUGGAACGAACACCUGGGCUACGUGCUCACCUGCCCCUCCAACCUGGGCACCGGGCUGCGCGGAGGCGUGCACGUGAAGCUGGCACACCUGAGCAAGCACCCCAAGUUCGAGGAGAUCCUAAGCCGUCUGCGCCUGCAGAAGCGGGGCACAGGUGGCGUGGACACAGCUGCCGUGGGCUCAGUGUUCGACGUGUCCAACGCCGAUCGGCUGGGCUCGUCCGAGGUAGAGCAGGUGCAGCUGGUGGUGGACGGUGUGAAGCUCAUGGUGGAGAUGGAGAAGAAGCUGGAAAAGGGCCAGUCCAUCGACGACAUGAUCCCCGCCCAGAAGUAGGCGCCCAGCCCGCCCGCCGCCGCCGCCCGCUGGAGCCCCAGCCGCAGGGAAGGCCCGGCCCCCUGGAGACACGCCCUUCCCCCGGCCCCGCCCCCGGCCUCCAGGCCGGCCUAUCAUGGUUUGGUCCCCGAGGGGCCCCACCCAACCAGAGUUCCAACCAAUGGGCUCCGUCCUCUGGGUUCUGGCCAAUGAGAAACCUCUCCUUUCCCCAGAGCUCUGCAAUGGAGAGCGUCUACACACGUGGCGCUCAUGCUUUUUUCCACUCAGAGCACCGAAUAAAAGCGAUGGUGGCCUUA